AUGGCUGCCAAGGGUCCUGGUCCCCUCAGACUGGCCAGCAGGGCCCUCACCCAACGCCCUCCCGUCCUCACGUCGCGCCGGACCUUCCUCGACUCCGUCUUCCAGGCCAACAAGCCCCUGACCAUCAACGUCUCCCGCACCCUCCCGUACCCGCGCGCGAAGCUCUACGACCUCAUCGUCGACGUGGACGCCUACUCCAGCUUCCUGCCCUACUGCCAGCACAGCCGCGUGACCGCCUGGUCGAGCCCGGACGCGGGCGCCGGCGGCCGCGCCUGGCCCACCGAGGGCGAGCUGACUGUCGGUUUCGGCCCCAUUACACAGUCGUACACGAGCAGGAUAGUCUGCGUGCCGGGCCGCAGCAUCGAGGCCCUGAGCGGCAAGCAGGAGGCCUCGGUCGCGCAAAAGGACGGCGCCGCGGGCAGGAGCAACCCUUUCGAGAGCCUGGUCACCAAGUGGACGGUGCAGGACGCCAUCGUCAAGCGCAUUGGCACCUGGUCCACCGUCGACCUCGACCUCAGUAUGCGCCUCACCGACCCGCUGGUGCAGAUGAUGCUGUCCGGGGUCGUGGACGAGACGGCUACCAAGAUGAUUGAUGCAUUCGAGGAGAGGGCGAGGGCGUUGUUUGGCGACUUGGAGGGUUGA